CGCGCAUGCGUACACGCGCGCCUCCCUCCCCGCGGCGGGUCUGCGAGCCCCGGCGCGCCCAGGCCCGGGCUGUCCGUGCGAGACGCGAUUCCCCGGAAGAGGCCGAGACCCGGCGCGGAGAAGGCGGCGCUCGCCAGUGCGGGGAUGGCGGCCGAGCGGCCGCUGCCCGUGCUGCGCUCGGUGAACACGCGCGAGCCGUCCCAGGUCAUCUUCUGCAACCGCAGCCCGCGCGUCGCGCUGCCCGUGUGGCUCAACUUCCACGGAGAGCCGCAGCCCUACCCCACGCUGCCGCCGGGCACGGGCCGCCGCAUCCACAGCUACCGAGGUCACCUGUGGCUCUUCAGAGAUGCAGGGACACACGAUGGGCUUCUGGUUAACCAAACGGAGUUGUUUGUGCCAUCUCUCAAUGUUGAUGGGCAGCCUAUUUUUGCCAACAUCACACUGCCAGUGUACACGCUCAAAGAACGAUGCCUCCAGGUUAUCCGAAGCCUGGUCAAGCCAGAGAACUACAGGAGGCUGGACAUCGUCCGGUCACUCUACGAAGAUCUGGAGGACCACCCGAACGUGCAGAAAGACCUGGCGCGGCUGACGCAGGAGCACUUUGAAAAUCAGCAGUUGGAAGAGGAGACUGAAAACCACAGCUGAAAUCAGCUGCCCAAGGCCCUGGGUGGUCUCCCAGGCACUGCCCUAGGCCCUGGGUGGUCUCCCAGGCACUGCCCUAGGCCCUGGGUGGUCUCCUAGGCACUGCCCUAGGCCCUGGGUGGUCUCCUAGGCACUGCCCUAGGCCCUGGGUGGUCUCCCAGGCACUGCCCUAGGCCCUGGGUGGUCUCCCAGGCACUGCCCUAGGCCCUGGGUGGUCUCCCAGGCACUGCCCUAGACCCUGGGUGGUCUCCCAGGCACUGCCCUAGGCCCUGGGUGGUCUCCCAGGCACUGCCCUAGGCCCUGGGUGGUCUCCCAGGCACUGGCCUAGGCCCUGGGUGUUCUUCUCCCAGGUCCACCAAGUGGAGCCGUGGAACUAGUUAGGGCCUGCUGGGCCCCAGCCCUCCUUGAGAGGGAGUGGUCCGCAGAGCUUGGAGGCUGGGCACUGUGGUAUUUAGAUGCCCACCCUUCUAGAACUACCAGGAGAAAGUAGUUGGAUUUCUGCCUCCUCCUCACGUGCCUUGUGCACAGAAAAUGGGAAGAGAGGUUUGUACAUUGGUUCUGGAGCCCAGGACUCGCUGGUCUGUAAAUAAGUCUUUGCCGAAUGCCGGUGUCUCUGUUCCUUUUCAUAAGGCCGUGUUGUUCCUGUUUGGUUCAGCAUUUUUCAUCAGCAGGGUCUGGUUGACAUUUUCCCCUGGGUGGAGGAGAGGCCAAGGUGCACCGGCCCUGGGCAGCUUCCUCCUAGCGGUGGAGUCUCCUGGUAAUGCUUCCUGGUUUUGUAAAUGUCCGUAUCCUGCCUUAGGGACUGCACUUAAACUUAGUAAAUCAAAUUGAAUACUUCUAGCAGAUGUAGAUCUUUCUAAUGAAUAGAUUUUUUUAGAAGUCCCUCAGUAGAGAAGAAGUUGGAAAAGAGCAGAAGGAUCACUGUAGGUGUGCUAUUCAAAUAUUAGUUAAGCAGAAAACUAACACUGGGAACCAUUUCAGCCUUUUCCGGGACAUACUUUAGUUUUUUACUCAGUUGAAUUCACACUCGGUCUGGUUUUAUUAUAUCCUUCUUCCUUUGACUUUAUCCCUCGGGUUUCCCCCUGCACCAGUAGCACAGACUUCCUUUUGUGAGGGAAGUUUGGGGUGUUUCCUGGUGUGCACGUGCCUCUGGGCUGUGGAGUCAGGGGUGGGCCGGGAGCAGAGGCGGCUGUCUCCUGGCUGGCCUUUCGCUCCCCUGCUGUCUUCCUUCACCGUGAAGUAAGUUGGGUUUGGUUUUGUUUCAGCAUGUUGUGGUGGCGCUCAGUGACGCAGCUUAGUGUUGGGUUUUGUGGGUGUUCCGGGCAGCUGUGUGAGCUCUGGGGGAUGGGCUCAGGGCUUAAGGAUCUGCUGGCCCUGGAGUAGUGCAGCACUGCUUUUUUCUUACCCUAUCUUUGUGUCGAAAUGAGAUUUCACGUUUGUGUGUGUGGCCGUGGGGUCAAGGAAUUCUGAAGGCCUGGAACAGGGACAGGGUCCACCUUUCGCUUGAAUUUUGUGAGUGCAUUCAGUGCAUCGCCCUUAAGACACUCGUUUUUCCUACUUCACAUUUUUUUUAAAAAGCUGUUCUUUAAUACAUUAAAUGGUGCUAAAAAGAGAA